AUGCUCUCCCAAAAAAUCAACCAGGACAUUUUCUUGGAGGUUCUGAGCUACAUAUCGACGCAGGAAGAGGUUUUUCCCCCAAACAAUGCGAUCAACAAAUCGACUUCGAAUAUUCUCCUCAGUCUUGCGUUAACAUGCCGCGCAUUCCUCGAGCCGUCGUUGGACAAGCUUUGGGUGCGUCUGGAUGACUUGCACCCUUUAUUCCGUCUCCUUCCAACCUUCCAACCGGGGAUUGACGGGGUCUGGUUCCUCGAGAGCCCGAUCCUUGACUUGCACUGGGAAACUCUACAGGAGUACGCUAAACGUAUUCAAACUUUAGUCUACUUGGACGAGGGCGCUCCAAUUGACCCGUCCGUCUUCUUCGCCGUCUCCCAGUAUGCGGAUCGUAAGGCCAAUCAGCGGCUCCUACCGUCUCUCCGACAACUUUUCACCAUCAUGCCGUUUACCGACAACCACGGCACAUACCGCUCAAUGUGGAGCUUCGUCGACGCCCUGGCAGAACAGGCGCCCGGCAUGCACUCGGCUUUCCUCCAUUUCGCCUUGCCAAGCAAAAGCUUCAACGCGGUCGCUAAAAUGCGCAAUUUGACCCAGCUCACCAUCAUGCAGAACGGCAGCACCCCGAGCCAAGUCAAUGCAGCAUCGUUCGUGGUACUUUCUUCGAUGAAAGCACUCACCCAUCUCCGUCUUGAUGGCUUGGUGCUUUCAGACCACCUCAUGCCUCUGACCAAUCCGCGAGCUGUGUCGUUUAGCGCCCUGAAGACGCCGGAAAUAAGCGCCAGCAUGCCCGAAAUCGUGCCUUUAUUCCAGGCUGCGAAAUUGCCCGCCCUACAAGUGCUCAAGAUCAAGCUCGUCCCGCCCAUCCUUGAGGAACCGCACCAAGAUUGGUGGGGGUUCUGUCGUGAACUCAAGCUUAGUACCAAAAGUCAAUUACCCGAACUCGUCAUAAAGCCUGGCCACUUCCCUUUUGAUUUCCGCCCACACCUCGAAGGACUCCCCAUGGUCAUUCCAGACAUCCUGGCAUUCAACUUUAUCAAGCUCGACCUCCAAGAGUACAAGCUCUUCCGCUCGUUCUCGGACGACGAUAUCCGUGAUUUUGCCAGAGCGUGGCCGAACAUCGAGGAGCUACAUCUGCCCACACAAAUUCCAUCCAAGCUCACAUUUACCGCCUUCGUCGACAUCGCGAAACAAAUGCGAAACCUCAAGCAGCUUACCCUCAAUUUCAUACUCAGGAAGGAUGAUUCUCUCUCACUUGAGAGCGUCAACACCACUGGUUCAGGAUUCCAGCAUCCUCUCCAUCAUUUGAAUGGUCUCAAUUCAACCUUUGUCGCCGAUAAUACUGAUGCAUUGACUCUUGGCGCCUGUCUGCAUGCACUGUUCCCCAAUCUAACCCUAUGGACUUAG